AUGUAUUACGAGGCCAACCACAAGAUCUUUGUUGGUACAAGCGAAACAUUUACGGGCGUCCUUCAUAAUAAUACCGCGAUCUCGGGUCUGGGGGUGGUAUCCAGUUGCUGGAAUAUCCCUGACGAAGAUGAUAGCAAAUCGACCCUAUGUUUUGUAAUGAAACACGUUGACUACCAACCACAGGUCACUGGCGUCAGUCCAUGCACGGGUAACGAAGGAACCUCCGGCAAGAAGAUCGAUCCCGCUGGUUCUGUUACACCUGCUGGUCGUGUUCGCCCGGCAAAGCACAUACCUAGCCCUAACACCCCAACUAAUGCCGUCGCCGGUCCCAGUUCGACCCCUUCCGCCAAGCGAAAACUCGCUUCCGAAGAGGUUCCACUCAAGUCUCCCUCCUUACCUGCACGCCGUGCUCGUCCAGCCAAGCUAAUCAAAAACAUUAGGCAUGUUCCCAAACCCGCAGUCACUCCUGCAAAGGCGUCAAGGUUGCCUCCGAAAGGUAAAGGUAAGACUUCUGCAGCCCUGCCACCGCAAGUUAGCACCGCCGCACAGGACGAGGAAAACAUUUCCGACGAAGAAUGGCCCGUUUCCCCUGUUCCACCCGUAACAAAGAAGUCAGCCCCCAAGAAGACUCCUGCUUCCAAGUCUAAGAAAGGCAAGGCACCAGCUAAGGCCACCGAAGUUGAAUCUGAGUGUCCUGAAGAGCCUAGCGAACUCAUCGAGGCCGACACUGACGAAGAUGUGGAGGAAUGA